GUCACCACGCAGCUGUUUCUUCUUCGAUUACGUUCUUCAUGCGGGAAAAACCAAACUGUUGACAUGUGGGGGGCGACUUAUUCUUCAGCCUGCAGGGAGUUGGUUUUACUUUACGCAUAAAACAGGGACGCGGCCGGUGCAGGUGCACGUUACGGACGUUUAUUGUCUGGGUACCUGUUCAUCAAAUCCAUGGAGUCAGAGGCAGCUGAGUCGUUGCCCUCAGGUUCGAGGCCAGUGGAAGUCUUCAACUCCAUUCAGGAGCGUACGAUCGCGGAGAACAGCAUGGUGGUGCUGCUGCAGAGUCUGCAGGGGGAGGUCACCACGGUGGACCUGAGGAACGAGAGCACGGCGCGAGGACGCGUGCUCAGCGUGGACGCGUACAUGAACAUACGCCUGGAGGACGUGCUGUACCGCGACUGGCGGGGCCGCCUCAGUCAGCUACAGGACCUGUUCAUCACCGGCAGGAACGUGCGCUAUGUUCACAUCCCUGACCACGUGGACAUAAUGGGCUCCAUGCAGAGCCAGCUGGCCAAGAUUCACAGAGUCCGCAACUUCGCCAGUCAAGGAGGAGGCCGGAAAGAGUUUGCCAAGAAAACAUGAUUCUUUUUUUCAUUUGAAAUAUAAAACUAUUCAUGAAAAAUGUUUUUUUUCUAAACUUAAACCUUCAUCUUUCUUUUUGUCUAUAAUUUAAUGUCAGCUUCACAGUUGUACGGUCAGAAUUACAACUGAUGAAGCUAAAAAUCCACUGACUUGUUUCCGUCAUUGUUGUGGCAUUUUCCUAAAAUUAAAUGGAACAUAUUACAAUUAA